AGCAAAUUGAUCUUUUUGAUACACAGUUAACAUCUAUUAGAUCUCCUCCCUCUCUGAGUAUACAAUUAAAUAUGAAAUUUUGGUUAGAUUCUAUUCCACAGAUGGCUACGCCAUUGGAUUUUCAGUAG